UUAAGUCCUCCAGGUCAAGAAGACAGACCGACACAGAACAUGGAAAGGAGGCAACAGACGUGGACACUCUGCACCUGAUCCUGGAGAAGCCGUUCAGCCCCAUGGGGGUGCGAGCCCAGGCCGUGACAGCCUCUGUCCUGGUGUACUGCGUCCAGCUUCCCCCAGCAAGAUGUGAGGAGAACUGCGUGAAUCCUGAACAUUGCCUGACCACAGAUUGGGUACAUCUCUGGUAUAUAUGGCUGCUGGUAGUCAUCGGGGUGCUGCUUCUCCUGUGCGGCCUGACUUCCGCGUGCUUCCGCUGCUGUCUGAGUCGCCAGCAAAAUGGGGAAGAUGAGGGCCGGCCUCCCUAUGAAGUGACAGUUAUAGCUUUCGACCAUGACAGCACUCUCCAGAGCACAAUCACUUCCCUGCAGUCAAUAUUUGGCCCUGCAGCUCGAAGAAUCCUGGCUGUGGCUCACUCGCACAGCCCCCUCAGCCAAUUGCCCUCCUCUUUGGACACCCUCCCAGGGUACGAAGAAGCUCUUCACAUGAGUCGCUUCACUGUGGCCAGGUGUGGACAGAAAGCACCUGACCUCCCCCCUGUGCCAGAGGAGAAGCAGCUGCCUCCAAUGGAUGAGUUUCCUCGGGUAGAACACCCUUCAAACUGAUGGCAACUCUGGUUUUAUAAAUGGGGUGGGGGUUUCUCCGCCUUUGCUACAGACAGACAAAUGUAACUUUUAUUCCCCCCUAACUUUUGGAAGAUUUAGGAUGACAACUAAACAUUAUUCAGUGAAAAGGAUGGGUUCCAACUCUUCAUUUCCAGCUGCAUCUAUUUUCUAAGAUGAAAUUGCUCUAAUUGGGAACUCUUAUUCUUUAUUCAGUGACCAAAGUUUGCAACUAAGCUCUAGCAAUGCUGAUUACUACUGAACCAAGAAAGCAUCAAAAGUAUCUUGAAUUCCUUUAGCAGUGGAGUUCCUUCACCCAUAGGAUACUGCAAGUGUUUUUUCCUCCUAUCAGCUAUAGCACAAUAAUAGAUCGUAAUACACAAUAGCGUAGGCACAGCCACAGACAGGAAUGCACCAAAGUCAUGAAUUCUUCCUCUUGAGAAAACAUUCCCUUUUAUGCUGAGUGACAAUGAUACUCUUGGACAUCAUACAAUACCUAUGUGGACGUCCAUGAUCCAUCCUUACAGAUAUGGGCUAAGAGAACACAGUAUAGUAUCAAAGAGCCAAAUAAUCAAGGUCUUUCUUUCACUCUGGUCCGACCCACUAGCAGUGUGAGAAACCGCAUAGGGGGCAGUGAGAGUUUCUAUUCAUUUUUCAGUUCCUCUGCCUAGCAAACACAUGUGUGUGCGCGCGCA